AGGCGGCAACUUAAAAUAAGGUACCGCCAAAUGAUUUAACAUUUUUUGACUUAACAUUUUUCAACCCGUGUACCCAUUUCCCCUAUACCCAUUUCCUCAAUCAUUCUUCGGUCUUCCCCUUCCUGGUCUCUCGGUCCCUUAAUCUUCAAUCGUUCAUCGUCUUUCCGUUCCUGGUCCGUUCCUGGUCUAUCUCUUUCGGUUUCCCGUAGACCUAUCCCUCUCGGUCGGGAAAUGAGAAAAUAAGCAGAAAUUUUUAAUAUUUCACUAACUCUCUAUUCCCCAAUUUCUAUUUCUAUCAUUUACCACACAAAGACAACCCUAAUCAUUCUCUCUUCUGUCUUUUCCCCAUGGAUGGCUUGUUCUAUCCUCUGUAUCGUUUCCCACUGAUGGUACACAGAUAGUCAUAGCCAUUCUUCUUUUCUUUCACUAAUUUUUUUUUGCUCCAGUGCCUCCUCUUAGCCAUGGCUAGGACUACCAUAAGGUUUAUUUCUUCAUAAUGGAGAGGGGUUAGUCCUCUUCAAAAUCUCUGUUCCAGAAGUUUCUUCAUCGCCAGCAAAGAUUUUAAGUGUGUGAACAUGCUUAUUCUUUGGCUCAAAAUAUGGAUCCUGACAGUGAAGGAAGAGGAGUUCUACAAUUUAAAACUGGAUUGAUGUCUUUCAUUAAGCAAAAACUUGCAAAAAAAGGAUGGAGGAGUUAUAGAUAGAAGCCAAGACAUUUCUCUUUUGCAAGAUUUCUACAAACUCUAUCGAGAGCGGAAUGAUGUGGAAACGAGAAGAAGAGUUGAAUUUAAGGGAGACUGGGGCUUUCAGUGGAGACUUGGGCGAGUUGGAGAGAAAGACAGUUAAGAGGAAAAGAGUUUUUGCUACUUUAAAAGUUCUAGGCACAGUCCUUCAGCAGCUGACUGAGGAAAUUCCUGAUGAGCUGAGACGUGUGAUGGAAACUGAUGCAGCUAUGACGGACGACUUAAUUGCUUAUAAUAUUAUUCCACUUGAUGCUCCUAGCCCAACAAAUCGUAUUGGGUUUUUCCUCGAGGUUCAAGCAGCAAUCUCAGUGUUAAAGUAUAGGGGACUGCCAAAAUUGCCCGAGGAUUUUCCCAUCCCUUCUACAAGAAAAGCUGAUGUUCUUGAUUUUCUGAACUACAUUUUUGAAUUUCAGCAUUCUUGCUUUACAGAUGACGUUAUAGUCACUGGGGUCUUAACUGCAAGGUGGUCGCUUGACUUAAAAGAUGUUCGCUGCGACCUUGAUCCUGUGUUGAUUGCUAAUCAUGUGAGAUAUGACAAGCGUUGCAGAUAUGACAAGCGAAGUAUAAAAGGAUACUUAAGACUCCUUGAAAGUAGUAACUUUGUUUAUUUCUUUGUGUUGAAAGUAGUAACUUUUAGACUCCUUGAAUACUUAAAGAAUAUUUUGCUAUUGAUGAUAGUGUUGAAUGUUUUAAACUAAAUUGUGGAUUGUUGAUUCAAUGUAGAAUGUUCUUACUUUUUGUUA